AUGUACGGCCUCUCGUGGAGGAGGCUGUUUUCGAUCUUUUGCUGCCCACCUAGGCUGAACUGCAUUAUUGCCAAACUGGCCUUUCACCCCCCGGAGCCUACGUACACGCUACGUGAGAUUGAGGCAGCCCCAGCACAGGACCUGGCGCAGGAUGAGCAGGUGGACCCCACAAUCUGUCUACCUCCCGUAUGUAAUCUGCAGCUAUCAGAAGGGGCUAACUGGCCACACUCCCAGCAGAAGCUGGACGCUGUAGAGAUGUUCCGCUGUACCACCAAGCGGGGGAAUAGCCUGGCCUGUAUGUACGUCCGCUGCGUCCCUGGGAGCCGCUACACACUCCUCUACUCUCACGACUGUGCUGUUGACCUAGGCAAGAUGUGCAGACGCUACCUUGCCCUAGGCUCCAAGAUCAAGUGCAAUAUAUUCUCCUACGACUACUCCGGCUAUGGGGUGAGCAGCGGAAAGCCAAGCGAGAAGAACGCAUAUGCAGACAUCGAGGCAGCUUGGCUCGCCCUGAGGACCCGAUAUGGAGUCCCGGCGGAAAAUAUCAUCCUGUAUGGAGAGAGCAUUGGGACAGCACCGGCAGUUGACCUUGCCACGCGCUACAAAUGUGCAGCAGUAAUACUGCACGGGGCGCUCAUGUCAGGUGUGCGGAUGGGCUAUCCUAACGCCCGGAGGGCCUACUGUUGGGAUGCCUUCACCAA